UGCAGGUGUUGGGCUAGUUCCAUUUCAUUUCAGACAAGUGUAUUGAUCGCUCAAGCACCAUGAACACCCUCCUCUCCAGGGAUUCCCAAGUGAAGAUCAUGGAAACCACAGUAGGCCAUGCUGAAAAAUACCUGGGCCAGUUCUGCACAUUGAUGGCUUCCUACACUCGGAAAACAGCCAAACUAAGAGACAAGGCAGACCUGGUGGUUAAACAGCUUAGCGAUUUUGCCAAUACUGAGAAUCCUGAGCUGAGAACAUGUCUGAAGAGCCUAGCUGAUGAUUUUGCCAUGGUGCAGGACUACAGACAGGCAGAGGUGGAGAGGCUGGAAAACAAGGUUGUCAUGCCACUGAAAGCUUAUGGAGACAUUAUCAAAGAAAAGCGGGCAGACAUGAAGAAGUUCAACAGUACUCGGAAUCAUGAGAUGAAAGAACUGGAAAAACUGGAGAAGAUUAGGCUGAAAAACCCCUCAGACAGACAUGGAAUUUCCCAGGCUGAAGCCAGUGCCCAGAAAGCCUCAGCUGAAGCUUCUCGCACCACACGCCAGCUUGCAGAAACCAUGAAUGACUUCCAGAAACAAAAAAUGGAAGACAUCAAGAAAAUUUUCUCAGACUUUCUAACCAUUGAGAUGCUUUUCCAUGCAAAAGCCCUGGAAGUUUACUCCAGCACUUUUCAAAACCUGGAAAACUUUGAUAUGCAGAAAGAUCUGGAGAUGUACAGAUCAAGGGUCCAUAUUUAUGAUGGUACCAUUGAUUCCAUGGCUUUACCAACCAGUAGAUCCACUUCUUCGGUGCAACGUGGUCCAAGCCCAACCUGGAGAACCCCCCAGAGUGCAUUGCGUAGACAGCAGGAAAUUGAGGAUGAGUAUGAAUCGGAAGAGGAAGAUGAUUUAGAGGACCUGGAUGAAGAAUACGCACGGAUCAGAAGAUAAUAAUUUGAUAAUAUAUUGUU